CUCUUCCAGUGCUACGUCCACCUUUGGAUUGCCAACCCCAAUAACAACCUCAUCAACUGUGCAGCAGCAGGCUCAGAGGAGACCGGUUUCUGGUUCCUCUUCCACCAUGUGCCUACGGGAGCCUCUGAGGGCAUGUUAUCUCCUGGCCGCUCCGAACACACACCUAUGGGCCAGUUCACCAACAAUAGGGCCCACUCCAACUACAGGGCUGGGAUGAUCCUAGACAACGGUGUAAAGACGACACAGGCCAACGACAAGGACAAGAGACCCUUCCUUUCUCUAGUGGGAGCAAGAUAUGGACCCCACCAGGAUGCGGAUCCCUUCAAGCCCCGUGUCCCAGCUCUCAUCCACCAUUUUGUGGCCUACAAGAACCAGGACCACGGAGCCUGGCUGAGGGGAGGAGAUGUCUGGCUGGACGACUGCCAAUUUGCUGAUAAUGGAAUUGGCCUAACACUGGCUAGUGGUGGUACAUUCCCUGAUGACGAUGGUUCUCGUCAGGAGGUGAAGAACAGUCUGUUUGUAGGGGAGAGUGAGAACAGGGGCAUGCCCAUUCCUGACAACCGUAUCUGGGGUCCCGGGGCCGACCUCAAUGGGAGGACCCUGCCUCGAGGAGUUGACUUUCCUAUCCGCGGCAUGCAGAUCUACGACGGGCCCAUCAACGUGCAGAACUGCACCUUCAGAAAAUACAUUGCCCUGGACGGUCGACACACCAGCGCCUUCGGCUUCAGACUCAACAACUCCUGGCAGAGCUGCCCUAACAACAACGUCACUGACAUCACCUUCGACGACGUGCCUAUAACGUCCCGGGUGUUUUUCGGCGAGCCCGGCCCAUGGUUUAACAAGAUGCAAAUGGACGGUGACAAGACCACGAUAUUCCACGACGUGGACGGCUCGGUCAGUGAGUACCCUGGAGCCUUCCUGGUCAAAGAGGACAACUGGUUACUGAGACACCCUGACUGUAUUGACGUGCCUGACUGGAGGGCUGCCAUCUGUAGUGGGCAUUAUGCACAGAUCUACAUACAGACACGUAACCCUGCCAGUCUGAACAUGCAGAUGGUAAAGGAUGAGUACCCUGACAGACCCCUGACACUAGAGGGCGCUCUGGGCAAGAGGAAGCACUACCAGCAGUUCCAGCCCGUGGUCACCCUGGGUAAGGGCUACACUGUACACUGGGACCAGGCUGCUCCUGCAGAGAUCACUGUGUGGCUCAUCAACUUCAACAGGAACGACUGGAUCAACGUGGGCUUCUGCUACCCGCCAGGCACCACCUUCACCAUCAUCUCGGACAUCCACAACCGGCUGACCAAGCAGACAAGGAAGACCGGUGUGUUCAAGAGGACCACACAGAGAGACAAGAUCAACCAGUCUCACCUGUCCCGAGGCUAUUACUACUGGGAGGAAGAUACCGGCCUGCUGUUCCUCCGAGUGAAGGCCCACAAUGAGAAGGAGGACUUUGCCUUCUGUUCAGUGAAGGGUUGUGAGAGGGUUAAAAUCACAGCCGUUAUCCCUAAGGGAAGCGGCCCCAGUGACUGCAUGACACAGGCCUACCCCCUGCACGCAGAGAUGCCCAUCGUAGAUGUGCCCAUGCCAAGGAAACUGCCCAGCGCCAAGCUGCGCACCACAGACCACUUCCUGGAGGUCAAGCUGGAGUCCUACAACACACGCUUCUUCCACAUCAAGGAGGACUUCGCCUACACAGAGGUUAACGGCAGGAAGUUGUACCAGCCAGAUGAUGGGGUGCAGCUGACGGUGAUGGACGGCCAUGACGGGAGACUGGUGGAGAGCAAAGGCUUCAGGAACUCCAUACUGCAGGGUGUACCUGCCCAGAUAGAGAGCUAUGUUAACAACCUGACAGACCACUCUAUCGUCAUAAUAACGUCUAAGGGUCGCCUGGUAACUCGGGGCCCCUGGACCAGAAUACUGGAAAUCCUCGGGGCUGACAAGACCCUCAAGUUAAGAGACAAGCUAACGUUUGUAGGCUUCAAGGGCACUUUUCGACCUGACUGGGUCCGUAUGGAGGUGAAUGAGGAGAGAGCUAAGAUCCAUCAAGUCCUCCCUAUCCCUGUGGUCAAGAAGAUUAAGCUAUGAAGGAGAGAGGAGAGGAAUAACUAGGUGUAGUGGGGGGCACACACGAAACUACACCUCCCACACAACACACACACACUGCCCCUAGGGCUGGAGUAGGUGAAAGUUGUUCCUAUAACUACUGGUCCAAGAUCAGAUGUUUUUCACCACUAAAGAUUAAUUAAGGUAAUCUGAUCCUAGAUCUGUGGUUAGGGACGGUUUCAGCCCGGUGCUACAGAGUGUGGGCCGGCCAAUCAAACGCAUGCGUUUUUCUGUCACCUAUCAACUUUCCCGCCAUGCAGGUCUCUGUUUAUGUGACAAUGUUGACUAUGUGAGUGAUUCGACUGUAUUGUUCGUUUGACUAUACUUGACUUUUAAAACGCGAGAAGAGAGAAAAAAUGACCAACAAAUAUUCCUUGUUUUUCAUCCUACUCAGAGACAGAUUUCCUCAAUGUUUGCACCUGUGUUUUCCAGUGGGAAGUUAACGUUGUUUAACACAAUAGAACAGAAAUGUAGACCAAUGAAGUAGAAGUGAGAGAGAGAUUACGUGACUUUUAAAGUAGAACCAAAAGGUAAAUUACAGGUUAAAGGUCCAGUGUGGUCAAAAACGUGAUUUUACAGUAUUUUAUAUAUAUUUCCACACUGAGGUUGGAAUAAUACUGUGAAAUGAUGAUAAUGCCUUUUUAGUGUGAGAGCUGUUUGAAAAGACCACCUGAAAUUUCAGCCUGUUUUGGUGGGAUGGAGUUUUGGCCUGCCUGGUGACAUCACCAUUAGUUAAUAGACCAAUAACGAAGAGAGUUACAAACCAGUUACAAAACUCUCUGCCAAUUACAGCUAGACCACACCCAGCCAGUCCUAGCUAAAUCCUUGCUUCAGAAAUUGCUCUUUGUUAAGAAGCUAUUUGUAUUACUUUUUGACCAUUUUAAUUCAAAACAAUCACUUAAUUGUUACCCAGAAAUGAUUUGAUAUUGUGGUAAAAACAGGUGCAUUGGGCCUUUUUAAGAUGAACAUAAAAAACUUUUAGGUACAUUAUGAGAUAUAUUUACCCUUCUGCUGGAUAAAAAGCAGGUGCAGACAUUUAGUCCAUCUGUCCGGAAGAUUCCAUUCCAGAGAAGCUGUUUCCCUGUGUUUUAUGUGAGGGCUCUAGAUCGCUUACUUGAUAUCGUGUAAUGUUUGGUUUCAUAUAACUGUUCAUAUCAACGUUUGUGGUCCAUCGGUCCAUUUUAUUAAACAUACCAGUAUGUAAAGAACCCCCAAAAUGAUCCUGAAUAUAUCCAAGGACAUUUUUUUGGUCACUUCUAAAGUGCUAUCUGGUCUUAGACAAUACUCCCAAAUCAAAACUUUAAAUGUUAUUUAAGCAAUUUAUAUAUUGAUUAUAAAUUGGCGAUUUUUCUUCAAAUCUGGCAAGAAUCAGAUACAUGUUUCCCUUUGCCCGAAAUAGCUGGUCUUUUUUCGGACGUGAUAGUUGUUAAUGUUUUGUAUGUUUAAAUGUGUUUUUAAAAAUUCCACAGAUUGAUAACAGAGAUAUAUUUUAUACUUAUUUAUUGUACAGACAUAAUUGAACAAAAUCUACAAGGGACAUCUUUUGAGUUGUAUUGUAUUCUGGUCCUGAAUUGUAUGUAAGAAUAAUAAUACUAUAACAUUUAAAACAAUCCUACUAAACACUGCUAUGGCAUAAUAUCAUCCUAGUUACCGCAAUGUUUUGUUUUAACCCUACACUAAAUGGAUGUGAUGUAUUAUACAUGACUUGGGCUUGUAAAGUAAUUCAAUCUCAUGACUUAAAAUCUUUGAAUGACUUUUGUACAUAAAUAAAUGAAUAAGUGAAUUUAUAAGCCUGUGUGUGUGAACCUCAAUAAAGACUUUCUGCACAGAAACACCA